AUGGCCUCCGACUCGGCAAGAGAGAGAAUCUCGGCGGCCGAGGGAGGGGAAAAUGCGUCAGCUCUCUCUCUCGUGAGUGGUCCCCCUUUCGCGCAGGUUGCCCGAUCUUUCAGUUUGCCUGUUCGGGGGCCAGGAGACAGAGGAGACGGGGGGGGUGAGCCGUUGCAGGGUGCGUCGCCGCUCGCUUCCCUUUGCUCCCCACAGGAGGAAGAGCGUUCGAGUGGACAGAACCUGAAUCCGUCUGGCCGCCUGUACGCGAAUUUCAAGAAGAAGAGCGUCAGCUUCGACAUCACGGUGAUGAAAGCCGAGAAACUGGAGGAGAACCGCGGACAGGGAAGAGGCCGCGGAGGUGUAGGGAGGUCCCGCGCUCUGGGACGCGUUCCCUUUUCGUCGGCGCAAAACCUCUCUAAACUUUCUGCCAUGGAACCCAGUGCGAGCCCCCAGUGGGGAGCUCCGGAAGGCCUCUACGGCCUGCAGCCACAAAGUGAGGAGGGGACAGGAGCCUCUGCGGAUGGUCAGAGCCCUGUUGGAUCAGGCGGGAAGGCGCGGACUCAGCCUAGCGGCGAUGGUGCCGAGGCAGCGACUGUGACCGGCUCGGUCGCUCCUGGCCUCGGCGCCGCUGCGUCGCCGCGGAUGUCGUGGGCGGCGGCACGCCCUGUGGCGCCGACCGAUGGCCAGUCUCCACGCGCCUCGAGUCCAGGGAAUGUCGUUCUCGUGAGGAGCCUCGCGACCGACUCCCAUAGGGAUUCGUCGGGUUGGAACGGCAGAGGGUCGCCGAGGCAUCGGGGCGGCCGUGGGAUGAUUCGCAGGUGUCUUCCUCAGGGCGGAGCGCCGCAUGGAGACGAUGAACAGAACGCAGCCCGAGAUGUCAAGGGUGGAGACGGCGACGCAGGGACUGACGGUCAGCUGUCGCCCGUCCAGCACCGCUGGCUCCCGCGUGACGCAGCCGGAUCCGUGGACGUCGGCCGCGACGACGUGUGUCCCAGUGAACAGCCGGGAGCGUGCAGGUUGGACUUUCCAGGUGGGAACGGAAGGAGGGACGAAGUGCAGGAGGCCGGACUCUUGCCGCUUCCUGGCACGCCGAGGUGCUACCGCGUUACGGCUCCAACGCCUCCGUCUUCGCCGUACCGCACGACAGACCAGAGACUCCUUCCGCCGGGGUCCCCCGGGCCGCUGGCGGCCUCUCUGGCGUGUCUGCUGGAUUCGGUUCGCCACCGCAGUGUGUCGCUCUACGACCCUUUUGGCCGCGCUUCGCCGCUUGUACAGGUUGGGGACCGUGGAGCGACGUUCUCUAGCCAGCCCCGCGAAAUGCAGCUUCUGCCGGGGCUGUCUCCUGUCUCCUCAGCGACUGUGGAAGAACACGGCCCGUUGCACGCGGCCGACCCGCUCCUGUUUCGCGGGCCAGGGCGUCUUUUGUCGCCGUCUCCGGCCCCAGGCCGCAACCUCUCCGUCCUGGACGCGUGCGUCCAGAACUUCCAGACUCGGCUGCCGCAUCCGAGCAGUCCGCCCCCAGCUUUUGAGGGCGCGCCGCCUGCGUCGCCGGCCUACUCGCCUCUGUGUUCCGGACCCUGUUCGCCGCCGACCUCGCCGUUGCCUGUGUCCUUGCGCUUCUCUGCGGCGCUCCCCUCCCCCUCGCCCUCCUCGCUUUUGUCUUCCUCGCUUCACGCGUGCUCCACGGCUCUGUACCGCACCGUGCACCCGGGGAAUGGCGCCGGAGUCCUCCCGCACUCGCCCUCGUCUCUGCCGGCGCGGCCUGUGGAAUGGUGGGAUGUGGUCCCCGGAGCACUGGCCGGCGUGAGUGUCCCCCACGCUCCCUUCUCCGUCGGAGCGCAGAGAUGGAGUGGAAACAGCGCGAUGCUGGCGCGCUGUGCGGAGACCCUCCGUCUCCACCACGGCGAACAGCUACGCCAGCUCCAGGCCCGACUCCAGGAGCAGAUGGAGAAGCGUGGAAACGUGGGGGAGAAGCUCGGCGACGCGACAGACGGACGCGACGCGUGGCCGGACCGCGGGGAGCUGUCGGCAAAGGCCUUCACGCCGUUCGAUCUUCACCCCAAGCAGUUGUCGGCUGCGCGCAAGAUGUACGCGAUUUCGGCGCAGCCGCGCCCCACAUCGCAUGCACGCAACGAGGCGAUGGGACGCCAAGCGGGAUUCGUCUGUCGGCGGGCGUAUUCCGGGCAUCCAAAGGACGACCCCCAGUUCCAGGCGUUCUUCCAGCGGCCGCAUGCAGGCGCUCCGUACGCCGCGCCGUUUGGAUCGCCGAUGCUCGCACCGGGGCUCUUGUCGCGGAUGUUCUCGCGGCACGCAGAGCAGACUCCAGACUCGUGCGCGGCGAAUGCUGGGACGCUGACCGCGCCUACAGGGCGUCUUUCGGGAAGGCUUUGGGAGUCGAAGACUGUGCAGUUUCCGCGGCCGCCAGAGGGCGGUUUCGUGCUCCAACCCGGGCGCGUUUUGACUUCGGACUCCGCGGGUGUCUACAACGGCGGCUGCGACAACCGUGACCACGACUACAUGGCGAAGCAGUUCGAGCACAUUCUCCCAGACCACCUGUUCCUUCAUUCGCCUCCACUGUACAGAUGCGCGUGCGCGGGAGGCGCCAGGAAGCCGGGGCUUCGGGUAACCGGGGCGAAAUCCGAGAGCGAGGCAGCGGGCCACGUCAACGGGACGCGCGAAGCCGCGGACAAGAGCGAGAGGGAAGGACGGAGGCGGCUUAGCGCGGUCGGAGACGAGGUUAGCGCGUCACCGUGCGAGGCAGAGACGAACCAGACAGGGACAACUCGGGAGCGAUGCCAUUUCGGCUCUGAAGGAACAGGAACGCGAGUCAGGGAGACGCUUUCGCAGCAGGAGCACUCGCGAGGAGGCGCGCAAGAGCCGGCUGCCGGGAAUCCCCGUGUGGCGUCUCCCGCCGAGCCCGAGCGCAAGCGCCUGAGGUGCCGUCGGUGCGGGGGGUGGGUGAUGCCGCCUGUCGGCUGGCCCGUGGCGUCGACGCGUGGCCUGGGCGAGAGCAUCCGAGGCGAGGACGGGGGAUCCGCGUCUGCGGAGGCGGAAGACAGAUUCAACAGAGACGACGUCGAGGAAGUUUCGAUGAUGGACACGUGCUACUAUCAAGUCCUCGAACUCCUCGGCAGGGGUACUUUCGGCCAUGUGUACGAGUGUCUCCAGUUCGACGGUUUCACGGGGAAACCUGUUGCAGUUGUCGCUGUGAAAAUUGUGAAGAACGACGAAGCGUACAUGCGGAAUGCGCUCCACGAGGUUUUUCUGCUUCGCAUGCUCGCCCGCGGGGGCCCGCACGGCACGGACGUGGCCGCCCAGGAAGAGGGACGGGGGACGAAAGAGGAAAAGGAGACAGUCGCACCCGGAGAAGCGGCGCCCGGCAGAGAGGACAGAGCCGCGGACGGAAACGGCGCGUCGAAGGGGCGUGGCGAGGCACUGAGAGACCCGGAAAGACGCGUCGUCCGCCUCCUCCACCAGUUUGUCUAUCGGCGCCACGUUUGCCUCGUCUUCGAACUGCUCCAUUCGGAUUUGUACCAGCUUCUCAAGAAAGGCAGAUUCCGCGGUUUGCCUCUCUUCAUCGUGCAGCAAAUCGCCGUCCAGCUGGUGCAGGGCGUGUCCGAGCUUCAGCGCGUUCGCAUCGCGCACUGCGAUCUGAAGCCGGAGAAUGUCCUCAUUUAUUCCGCGACGGUGACGGACAAAGAGUCUUCCUCGGAGGCGAAUCCGACCACGCAGCGGCCGCGAAAGCCGUCUCCGACUCGACCAUUGACCGGCAACGCAACGCCGCAGUCGCGUUCGAAACCCAGUGGAAACUCCGCGGGGAAACCGGAGGCGUGCGUCCCCUCUGCGGACUGCCGCAGCUCAGACAGAAUGUCUCUGUCGGCUCUCAAUGCGGUCGGCGCGGGAACGGCUAUGCGUCGGCACCCUGAAGGCGGGGUCGGAGCGGGAGACGAACGGAGUGUCGAGAACGGGAAGAAACUCGGCGGCGUGCAGUCCGCGGACCCACGCCUCGAGGUCGCAGAGGCGACGGUGGGAGGUUCGAAAGCGCAGCGCGGGAACGGGGGGCACGAGAAGGAUCGAUGCGGAGUGUCCUGCCUCCGUCCACAUGCAUCAGCGGGAAGCCGGUCUGAAGCGACGCGGCUCCGGGUUCGUCGGGGGGAUUCAACUCGAAGGCUGUCCACUGAGUUGCCGAGCACGGUCUGGGGGGACUCCCGUCGGGCGCUUCUUAUGCGGACGACCUCUUUCCUUUCAGGCAACCGAGCUCCCAGUUGCGCCGACGAAGGGCGGCGGCGAUCGACGUCGCCCAGACAGCAUCUGUCAUCCUUGCGUCGCUGUUCAUCUUUGCCUGCUCCAGGCUCCGGCGCUUCUCCAAGGCGUGAGGUCGGCGAUCUGAGACAGCAGCAGGCCCCGAGUCUAGGGCCAGGUGCGACGGCCCAUGCACAGAGGGCAGGUGCGCAUGCAGCGCAUGCCCAGGGCGAGAGUCGAGGCGAGCAGCUGACUGAUGCCGAGCAGCGGCUGCCGGUAAACCCGAAGGGAAAGGGACUUUGCGAACGGGGGCUUCAUCAGCCAGGUCCGCGGGACGCGACUCGCGGCCGAGAUCGGCGGCAAUCGACUUCUGCGCAGAAACUUCGUCUGUUUAUCCGAGUUGUUGAUUUCUCUUCUUCCUGCGUCCUGCCGAAAACGCCGUCAAAGCCGGAAAUCGCGGACAUCUUGUCUCUGGUGAAGAAACGCGAGAGCGCCAAGCCAUUCGUUUCCGUCUAUCCGCAGUCGCGGUUUUACGGAGCGCCCGAGGCGUUCCUCGGCGUGCCGUACUGGGAGACUGUCGACCUCUGGGCCGUCGGGUGUAUCCUCGCGGAGCUCUUCUUCGGGCAGCCUCUGCUGCCGGGCGCGAGCGACUACGACCAGCUCAGGCGCCUCGUCGCGCUCUUCGGGCUCCCACCUGCGUGGAUGCUAGAGGCGGGGACGAGGAGUCACGCGUACUUUGUCAAAGACGCGCCAGGCGGCGGAGAGGCUCGACGCGGCGCCAAUGGAGACACCGCGCCCCAUGCAGCUUCGCGGGCGGGCUCGGACGGCCAGAGCGAGGCAGCGCCGACAAAGAACGAGGAUCUACAAAACAGGCGCGGUCUCACGCCAGCGAGCAUCGGUCCCUCGUGGAGGUUGAAGACAGUGGAGGAGUACGAAAAGGCCACAGGGACAUCCGAGCCAGUCCCGAAGAGAUACGCAGACAUCCGGUGUCUGUCGGACCUUCUGCGUCUUCGGCCGCCUGAACGGGCGUCGAGCAAAAGUCGCGAAACCCCAGGGAAGAAGGGUGCGCUGCUUGCGCCCGCUUCAGGCGAAACGGAAAUUCCCCACGCCGCUUCACGAAGGAGUCCGAGACCCGCACUGGCUCUGAGCGCUGCUGAGCGGCCUCACGGCUCCGACUCUUUGCUUGGAGCCGUCGCUCCGCCGCAUGCUGCCGUGUCAGGGAAUUCUUCGCAGUCGAUCGCUGCAGUGCAGCUGGUGCACGGAGGCGCAUGCAGAAUGGAAGGCGUGUCGAACAAGAAAGGCCGGCAAGGCGCUGUGAGGCGCGAGGCGCUGGCAGACGAGCCAGAGAAGGCGACGCACAAAAGCGGUCAGGGAGAAACGGAAGAAGAUUCCGGAGAAGGCGAGAACGACGGUAAGCCACACUCAGGCGACUUUAUGUCUGUGCCGUUCGCGGUGCCAGAGUACCGGCUGAGGCGCUCGCGACGCAUUUCGUGUCAGACGUGCUCCACCGAAGCUUCUUCCUCGUCCGCGUGCUCCGGCGCUCUCACCACUCCCUCCCUUGCGUGCAGUCGGGCGGCGUGGUGCUCGCGGUCGUCGUCGUUGUCGCCUUUGCCUCGCUUGCCGAGGUUCAAAGCCAAGCGCGGCCUGGCCGAGAGGCGGCGCGCGGCUUCGUGCUCGGGUGUCGCACGGCCUUCCUCGUCCGCGUGGCAGAGAGGCGCGGGCCUUCUGGGCUCGGUGUCCACGGCCCGUCGGUUGCGACGGGGCGAGCGCAGUUGCCGAGGCGACAGCGACGGGCGAGAAGAGUGGCGGAUCAAUUCUCCAGCUUCCCACGCGUCGGGCUCGUCGCGAGCGCCGUCUGUCUCGCCCAACCUCCUCAGCAAGCUGCCCCCUCGCGCCUGUUCGCUGCCGCCCCGCGCCCCGCGGCUUCGCACUGAGACGCGGAAGGUGUACGACGGCGAGUUGCCUCCACUUCCCCCUCAUCAGACGCUCAGGCGGCCGAGUGGCAAGCAGCACGAAUGUGUGCUCUUGGACGGCGAGAGCUCACGAAACGCGAAAUCGCAAGACUCUCAGGCCGCAAGAGUCUCAGGAGCAGAGCGCACGCCGAACGGAAAGGACGGGAAAGAAGACCGGCGUGGAGCGCACCGGGGAACAGUCCCAGGACAGGGCUCGCGAGCUGAUCAGCAGCGAGCAGAGGGGAGGCUAGCGGAACAGGAGACGGGCGAAGGUGAACAGCUUCUUCGCCAGCGAUUCAUCGACUUCUUGGGAGGUCUUCUCCAAGUGGAUCCUCUUCAGCGUUUCUCUGCGGAGGAAGCGCUGGCGCAUCCGUUCAUUUCCAGUGCGUUGGAGGCCCUCGGAUCCGCUUCCGAGAGGCGACAGGCGGGAUCGGAGUCAGCGGAGGCGCAGGCGGAACGGCAGUAUCGGAGAUGGCAGCGUUUCCAUCUGAAGAACGUCUUGUCUCUGUUGAAUGCAGAGAGCGAAAAGCAGUCCCGCAAGCUGGAGAGAGAAGAGGAGAGCGGGCGCGGCGCGUCGAGCGCGCUGCGGUGGGACGCCGUCGUCCGGGCUCAGAUGGCGUUUCUUCGAGGCUCGCUGGAGGGCAACCCGGAGGGACAGAGACAGACGAGGGAUGAGGCAAGGCAGGACGCUUCGGCGUCCCGCUCAGGCGUGCAGGCAGGUCGAGCUCGCGGGGAGACGCAAGAAAAGGACGUGAGAGACGCGGAUCUGGACGCCGCGGGGUCGCCACCUGAAGCGGGAGAGGUCGAGUACAACAUGACCGUCGCUCGCGCGCGGCCCGACUGGGGCGCCGAUGGCCACGGCUCACAGGAUCCCGCGCGCGGCUUCGACGGAACAACAAGUCCCCACAUCGGUUUCACCCGGGAUAAAGACGGGGGAUUUUCGAGCGCCAUCUCGACGUCGUUCUGCUUCUCGUCUUCCCCGUACCUGUUCCCGCGACAAGCUGGAUACGAGGAGAGAGAGAAAGCCCCUCGGAACGACGCGUCCGCCGGGCUGCCCUCGGUGGACACGCGCUUGACGUCUUCCGUGUACCCUUCGCCCCGCUCCUCUUUCGCCUCGGUGUCUUCCUUGCCGUUCCUGUUUUCCGUCCCGCCCUCGUCGAUGUCGCCCGCGCUGUCCGCGCACGCCCCCCCAGGAAGCGAAGCGCCUCCCUGUCUGCCUGCAGAUCUUUCGUGGCCGGAGGCGGACACGGAAACCGAGGCUCUCAAGCGCCUCGUCCAGUUCUACGAACGACGCGUGGCUGAAGGGCUGUAUCUGGACCGCAGGCGAAGAGAAGACGAGCAGCAGCGGGCUCUGUAUAUGCAGCUUCUCCAACGACGCCUCCAAGGGGAAGAGAGUCGUUCUCUCCUUGGCCACGGGCAACGAAACUACAUGCAACACUCAGGCUGGUACACGCCGCCGCCGUCCCCGGUCCACGCGGCAGCUCCUGUGUUGUGCACGCGCCACGUAGUCGACAGAGAGCCCGCGAAGGCGACUCGCGGGCUGCGGACGACGAGCGAAUAG